CCCGUCUUGCUCUGCGGCGCAGGGGCAAGAUGGCUGCUGAGAAGCAGGUCCCAGGUGGCGGCGGCGGCGGCGGCAGUGGCAGCGGCGGUAGCGGCGGUGGACGUGGUGCCGGAGGGGAAGAAAACAAAGAAAACGAACGCCCUUCGGCCGGAUCGAAGGCAAACAAAGAAUUUGGGGAUAGCCUGAGUUUGGAGAUUCUUCAGAUUAUUAAAGAAUCCCAGCAGCAGCAUGGUUUACGGCAUGGAGAUUUUCAGAGGUACAGGGGCUACUGUUCCCGUAGACAAAGACGUCUUCGAAAAACACUCAACUUCAAGAUGGGGAACAGACACAAAUUCACAGGGAAGAAAGUGACCGAAGAGCUUCUGACUGAUAACAGAUACUUGCUUCUGGUUCUGAUGGAUGCUGAAAGAGCCUGGAGCUAUGCCAUGCAGCUGAAACAGGAAGCCAACACUGAACCCCGAAAACGGUUUCACUUGUUAUCUCGCCUACGCAAAGCCGUGAAGCAUGCAGAGGAAUUGGAACGCUUGUGUGAGAGCAAUCGCGUGGAUGCCAAGACCAAAUUAGAGGCUCAGGCUUACACAGCUUACCUCUCAGGAAUGCUACGUUUUGAACAUCAAGAAUGGAAAGCUGCCAUUGAGGCUUUUAACAAAUGCAAAACUAUCUAUGAGAAGCUAGCCAGUGCUUUCACAGAGGAGCAGGCUGUGCUGUAUAACCAACGUGUGGAAGAGAUUUCACCCAACAUCCGCUAUUGUGCAUAUAAUAUUGGGGACCAGUCAGCCAUCAAUGAACUCAUGCAGAUGAGAUUGAGGUCUGGGGGCACUGAGGGUCUCUUGGCUGAAAAAUUGGAGGCUUUGAUCACUCAGACUCGAGCCAAACAGGCAGCUACCAUGAGUGAAGUGGAGUGGAGAGGGAGAACGGUUCCGGUGAAGAUCGACAAAGUGCGCAUUUUCUUAUUGGGACUGGCUGAUAACGAAGCAGCCAUUGUCCAGGCUGAAAGCGAAGAAACUAAGGAGCGCCUGUUUGAAUCAAUGCUCAGCGAAUGUCGGGACGCCAUCCAGGUGGUUCGGGAGGAGCUCAAGCCAGAUCAGAAACAGAGAGAUUAUAUCCUUGAAGGAGAGCCGGGGAAGGUGUCUAAUCUUCAAUACUUGCAUAGCUACCUGACUUACAUCAAGCUAUCAACGGCAAUCAAGCGUAAUGAGAACAUGGCCAAAGGUCUGCAGAGGGCUCUGCUGCAGCAGCAAACAGAGGAUGACAGCAAGCACUCACCCCGGCCCCAGGACCUGAUCCGACUCUAUGACAUCAUCUUACAGAAUCUGGUGGAAUUGCUCCAGCUUCCUGGUUUAGAGGAAGACAAAGCCUUCCAGAAAGAGAUAGGCCUCAAGACUCUGGUGUUCAAAGCUUACAGGUGUUUUUUCAUUGCCCAGUCCUAUGUGCUGGUGAAGAAGUGGAGCGAAGCCCUUGUCCUGUACGAUAGAGUCCUGAAAUAUGCAAAUGAAGUAAAUUCUGAUGCUGGCACCUUCAAGAACAGCCUAAAGGACCUGCCUGACGUGCAAGAGCUCAUCACUCAAGUGCGGUCGGAGAAGUGCUCCCUGCAGGCUGCAGCCAUCCUUGAUGCAAACGACGCUCAUCAAACAGAGACCUCCUCCUCCCAAGUCAAGGACAAUAAGCCUCUGGUUGAACGGUUUGAGACAUUCUGCCUGGACCCUUCCCUUGUCACCAAGCAAGCCAACCUGGUGCACUUCCCACCAGGCUUCCAGCCCAUCCCCUGCAAGCCUUUGUUCUUUGACCUGGCCCUCAACCAUGUGGCUUUCCCACCCCUUGAGGACAAGUUGGAACAGAAGACCAAGAGUGGCCUCACUGGAUACAUCAAGGGCAUCUUUGGAUUCAGGAGCUAACCAGGCUCUUCCUCGGGGGCGGGGGAGAUUCUGACUCUUAAUCUGUAUUGUGAGAAAAUCCCAGCAAGUUCCAUGAUAUUAAAUCCAGGUCUGCAUUGGCCCAGGGCAAGAGUUUAACAUCUUCGGCCCUGCAUUCCUACAUCUCGUGUGUGUACACAUUCUUAAGCAGUGUGUUAGGAGAGCACCUUGUUGUCUUCUGGUAAAUGUGUGCGGGUUCAUCCCGUCUCCUGUACCUCCUGGGAGAGGGGCCGCUGCUGUCUGGUGCCCUGUGAGCUGUGAUUGAUUGCCUUUGGUCAGUAAUGCGUUCAGGAGUCCACACCAGGCACAGAUGGGGCCUUGAAACGCUUUGUCAUGCUUCUUCAGUACCAUGGAUUUGAAAUGAACUCAUCCUUGCUGUGAGCAUCCAGGAUCCCUUGAGAAGUUUAUCUAUGACUAUGAAACUGGCAACGUCACCCCAGAAUUACGGUCAGCCUUAUUCCCCUUCACUUCCCAGUGAACGCUAAGAAGUUUCAGACAAGCAGAGAGCUCUAUUUUUAGAAGAAACAAUGUUACUCAGAAAUGAUGAAACCAAAUCUUAUAUUAAAAGGCAAAGAUGACAGAGA